AUGGCUGUGAUGAAUCAGCAGGUCAGGCACAUGGUGCAAUGGCUGGAGUUCCACCAACUAGAAGACCAAGGUUCUUCUAUGAGGAUGGAAGAGCUCGAACGACAAAGGAAUAUCCUAUCGAAUGCAGUUGGACAUGUGAGUCGACGUCACCAAGAGACUACCGAGGAGUACGUCCACGUGGUGAGAGGCAUCGAAGAAGCGAGUUCAGCCCAACGUCAACGCGAUGAGCAUACGGCAGAAAUGCUACAUCAGGAACUGGGUCAACUACGCAACGAAGCUUCACAGAGUUUUGCUGAUCUGGAACUGAUGGCUCAAAACGGUGAACACAAUAUGGCUAUGCAGUACCACAAACUAACGCACACUCUGAAUGAGAAAGCUCACGAAGCUUUAAAGUACAGGAUGGAAGCAUCCAGCAGGGAAUCCGAAGUGGCAGCGAUGCGGGAGGCGAUCGAGAUGAUCAGAGGAGAAGAGCAGAUGGCAAAAGAAGAGGCGAAGAGUACUGUCCUUGCAGCAGAAUCUGGGAUUCGUGCCCUACAAGAUCGACUGAGCAAGGAGGAAGCCGCCAAACUUGAAGCCAAUGCGGGAAUGCAUCAAGAAGAAGCCUAUGCACGUCAGGUAUCUGAACGCGAGCGUCCGAUUACUGCCCUACACAGCGAACUGGGUGAGUUACGUCUUCGACUCAAACAACAAGAAGAGCUUCAAACACAUAGCCAGCAAUCUUGGAAGUUAGAGAUCGAAGCCGAACGCAUGCGGAGUCAGCAGCAUUCUCAAAGAUCGUCGAACGCACCACGGUCAUCGAGAACUUCUGAGACGGGAUGGGAGUGUGUGAGUAGCCAAGUAGGGAGUCAGAAAGGGUCAGCAUUUCCGGUAGCUAGCGAUGUGCGAUCCCCUGACAUCGGCUCUCCCACACUGCGCAGUCCUGUUAACAGAGGUAAAACCAUCAUUGAUACUUGCUCCGCAAUAUCGCCAAUCGUGCACGACGUGAACGCCGAACAAUCGAGUCCAAUGUUGCCGGCAAGCGUGGUGCCAGCAUCAAGUACAACUCUUUCCGGAAAAGAGGCACGAGACAAUCAGCUUAGAAUGCGCGGUAUGCCAGGAGCUUCAUCUUCUUCAUCAACGGGUGUUCCGCAACAGUUUGGUGCGUCCUCUAGGGCAACCAAUAAGAACAGCUUUGUGGAAGAAAAUGAUGAUGUGAAGACGCAAAAGCUCAUUGCUGAACUGAUCGAGCAGGACGUUUUGAGAGCGGACGGAACUGGUGGGCAAGACAAGUCUGUGUACGGGGCGCUGCCUUGGGCGCGACUCGAUCAGGCGCGAUGUGAACAAAUUGCUCAGUUGGCAAACACUGCUCCGUCCUCAUCAUCGGACGUCAAGAGUCACCUAGGGAGGAUCGAAGCGGAAAUGGUCAAGCUUCGACUUGAACUACGUGAAGCCAAAAAGACUGAGGAGAGGUUGCGCGAGGACCGGAAUAUCUGGAAGCAAGCUGCCGAACAAUUCCAACAGGAAUACGACCAAGAACAAGGUGGAGAUGACGGGCAAAACUUUUAUACCGAAGAAGAAGUAUCCCCAUCCGAGUCUCCUACAAACCUUGGGCCACGUGCUCCUGGCGGCGGUGAUGGUGAUGAUGAUCCAGUGACGCACCUUGACAGCUGGAUGGCUAACGGCGCCGCAAAUGUUCUUGGUGCCUGCGCGGAUCCAAACCACGAGGACUGGAUAGCUUGGCUUCAGCCAGCAUUCCGUCCGAAUCCUGACAUUGAUGCACUUAAUGAUUCCGGGAACACCAAGUUCAAGAGCAUUGACGUCAAGCUGGGUGUGGCUAUGACUGCCAUGAUCAAGAAUGGUGGUGACGGCGCGCAAGACUUGUACCUGAACGUCAACCGCUCAGCAAACAAGCUCAUGCGCGAACAAUCGAAACUGCUCAAAGGGAGACAGAUCAUCGCCAUGAUGUACGAAAGUGACCAGAAGAUGAACGUGUUCAAGCAGACAUGGUUGGAGAUCAUUGAUCGAAUGCGACCAGAAGAUGUUCCGUCUGAUACCGCAUUGAGAGAUACACUCUAUUCAAAGAUCAAGGAGUCACCGGCAUUGUAG